AUGCCGUCUCGGUCCCUACCGGGUACCAACACUGCCUCUCCUGGAACCAGCAGCACUGUGACUUCCACCAGCACCUCCUCCCCAUCCCAUCCCCAGCUCCUGCUCCAGUUCCAUCCCCUGCUCCAGUUCCAUCCCCUGCCCCAGUCCCAGCUCCAUCCCCUGCCCCAGUCCCUGCUCCAGCCCCAGUCCCUGCUCCAGUUCCUGCCCCAGUUCCUGCUCCAGCCCCAUCCCCUGCCCCAGUCCCAUCCCCAGCUCCUGCCCCAGUCCCUGCUCCAGCUCCUGCCCCGGGUCCCUGCUCCAUCCCCUGCACCAGUCCCUGCUCCAUCCCCUGCACCAGUCCCAGCUCCAUCCCCUCACCAGUCCAGUCCAGCUCCAGAAUACAAGCGCCAGUGGCAGGAGAGGGGUGAGAAGGAGAGGACCGAGGUAGAGGAGAAAGAGCGUCGGGCAGCCCUCAGAACACAGAGGGCACAGGAGAGAGCUGCCAUGGAUGAGACCAUAGACGCCAUUGCCUCUGCUGGAACCACUACUGACAGCUGCGUCACCACCGCCAGUGACUCCCAGUGUGCAACACCUGUAGGAGCCGCCGGACCCCCGAGCACACCGUCGUCCCCUCAACCCCACCACUACAAACACCAGCUCCUCCAAGCCAUCCAGCCUCAUCUGUACCAACUGCCCCCUCCAUCUCCCCUGGUAACACCACCACAGCAGCCUCAUCUGUACCAACUGCCCCCUCCAUCUCCCCUGGUAACACCACCACAGCAGCCUCAUCUGUACCAACUGCCCCCUCCAUCUCCCCUGGUAACACCACCACAGCAGCCUCAUCUGGUAUCCCUGCCCCCUCCAUCUCCCCUGGUAACACCACCACAGCAGCCUCAUCUGGUACCAACUGCCCCCUCCAUCUCCCCUGGUAACACCACCACAGCAGCCUCAUCUGUACCAACUGCCCCCUCCAUCUCCCCUGGUAACACCACCACAGCAGCCUCAUCUGUACCAACUGCCCCCUCCAUCUCCCCUGGUAACACCACCACAGCAGCCUCGUCUGGUAUCCCUGCUCCCUCCAUCUCCCCUGGUAACACCACCACAGCAGCCUCAUCUGGUACCAACUGCCCCCUCCAUCUCCCCUGCAGCCUCAUCUGUACCAACUGCCCCUCCAUCUCCCCUGGUAACACCACCACAGCAGCCUCAUCUGUACCAACUGCCCCCUCCAUCUCCCCUGGUAACACCACCACAGCAGCCUCGUCUGGUAUCCCUGCUCCCUCCAUCUCCCCUGGUAACACCACCACAGCAGCCUCAUCUGUACCAACUGCCCCCUCCAUCUCCCCUGGUAACACCACCACAGCAGCCUCGUCUGGUAUCCCUGCUCCCUCCAUCUCCCCUGGUAACACCACCACAGCAGCCUCAUCUGUACCAACUGCCCCCUCCAUCUCCCCUGGUAACACCACCACAGCAGCCUCGUCUGGUACCACUGCCCCCUCCAUCUCCCCUGGUAACACCACCACAGCAGCCUCGUCUGGUAUCCCUGCUCCCUCCAUCUCCCCUGGUAACACCACCACAGCAGCCUCGUCUGGUAUCCCUGCUCCCUCCAUCUCCCCUGGUAACACCACCACAGCAGCCUCAUCUGUACCAACUGCCCCCUCCAUCUCCCCUGGUAACACCACCACAGCAGCCUCAUCUGUACCAACUGCCCCCUCCAUCUCCCCUGGUAACACCACCACAGCAGCCUCGUCUGGUAUCCCUGCUCCCUCCAUCUCCCCUGGUAACACCACCACAGCAGCCUCAUCUGUACCAACUGCCCCCUCCAUCUCCCCUGGUAACACCACCACAGCAGCCUCGUCUGGUAUCCCUGCUCCCUCCAUCUCCCCUGGUAACACCACCACAGCAGCCUCGUCUGGUAUCCCUGCUCCCUCCAUCUCCCCUGGUAACACCACCACAGCAGCCUCGUCUGGUACCACUGCUCCCUCCAUCUCCCCUGGUAACACCACCACAGCAGCCUCGUCUGGUAUCCCUGCUCCCUCCAUCUCCCCUGGUAACACCACCACAGCAGCCUCAUCUGUACCAACUGCUCCCUCCAUCUCCCCUGGUAACACCACCACAGCAGCCUCGUCUGGUACCACUGCUCCCUCCAUCUCCCCUGGUAACACCACCACAGCAGCCUCGUCUGGUAUCCCUGCUCCCUCCAUCUCCCCUGGUAACACCACCACAGCAGCCUCGUCUGGUAUCCCUGCUCCCUCCAUCUCCCCUGGUAACACCACCACAGCAGCCUCGUCUGGUAUCCCUGCCCCCUCCAUCUCCCCUGGUAACACCACCACAGCAGCCUCGUCUGGUAUCCAACUGCCCCCUCCAUCUCCCCUGGUAACACCACCACAGCAGCCUCGUCUGGUAUCCCUGCUCCCUCCAUCUCCCCUGGUAACACCACCACAGCAGCCUCGUCUGGUAUCCCUGCUCCCUCCAUCUCCCCUGGUAACACCACCACAGCAGCCUCGUCUGGUAUCAACUGCCCCCUCCAUCUCCCCUGGUAACACCACCACAGCAGCCUCGUCUGGUAUCCCUGCUCCCUCCAUCUCCCCUGGUAACACCACCACAGCAGCCUCGUCUGGUAUCCCUGCCCCCUCCAUCUCCCCUGGUAACACCACCACAGCAGCCUCGUCUGGUAUCCCUGCUCCCUGCAAUUCGAAUACAGCCAUCUCCACAGCACAGAAAAGGAAGAGAAAAGCUUUACCUGCCACCCAUGGGCACCACCCUCAGAAGACCACCUGCUGUGCUCCCUGUGGGGAGAGUGGAUCCGUCUGCAAGCUCCCCGCUGGAGUGUAGGUCCGCUGUGACUUCUGCCAACACUGGUUCCACUGCAGGUGUGUGCUGUGACUUCUGCCAACACUGGUUCCACUGCAGGUGUGUGCUGUGC